UCCUCUCCUCCUCUCCCUCCUCUCCUCCUCUCCCUCCAUAUGUGCACGAGGAAGAUGGUUGCCACUGCUGUGGGCCUGUUUUUAAUGUCGCACGUCCUGCCAUAGUCCCACAAGAAAAGAAGCCCUGCUUUCAGCUGCAGAAUGCAGCAUCACUCCCCCGAGGUGGCCCGUCUGUAUCAGACGGAGUUUAUCCGGAGCGCCCGGGCGGUGGGAGUGCUGUGGGCCAUCUGCACUCUCUGCUUCGCUGUCAUCGAGGUGGUCAUUCUCAUCCAGCCGUCCUGGGUGGGCACACGAGAGCUGCACUACAGAGGCGGGGGUCCGGCCCCUCCGACCGGGACCCUGGGCCUUUUCGAGGUGUGCUUGGAGACGGAUUGGCCCGUCCCGGAAUGCCGGGGGUCUCUUCACACCCUGACGCCUCUGCCUGCGUUCCAGUCUUCCGCUGUCCUGGUGUGCAUUUCUCUCACCAUGGUGUGGGCCAGCGUCGGCUGUCUCUGUCUCUUCAGGUUCUGUAAUGCAGCCACCGUCUAUAAAAUAUGUGCGUGGCUGCAGCUGACGGCAGGGUUCUGUCUGGCCCUGGCGUGUGUGUUGUUCCCUGAUGCUUGGGCUUGUGCUGAGAUGAGGGCUCUUUGUGGGCAGCGUGUCAGCAGUUUCUCCCCGGGAAACUGCUCUGUUCAUUGGGCUUACAUACUGGCCAUGCUGGGAGUGCUGGAUGCUGGUAUACUGGCCACACUGGCUUUUGUUUUGGGAAAUCGACAGGAUGCUCUGCUGCCAGAAGAUGCCAAGGAUGGAGAGGUUACUGGACUGUUACUGUGAGCGUAAUCCAGACACAAGCUAUCAGAAU